GCCAGGGAGGAGACAGUGUCUGCUAACCAUCACAACAAGCUAACAUGUUCACUUCUGUGUUGCUGAUGUACAUGCUGGUGGCUGCUGGUGUGGCUCUUCCAGUGGGAUAUGAUGUACCCAUCCCUUACAACUUUAAUUAUGGGGUGAGCGCCGGAAACACCAUCUUUGGCCAACAGGAGAGUGGUGAUGGUUCUAACGUCAAGGGUACAUACUAUGUGAACCUUCCUGACGGUCGUGUGCAAACUGUGGGUUACUGGGCCGAUGGUAGUGGUUACCACCCAACAGUGACCUACCAGGGCACUGCUAGUUACCCCAGCUAUGCUCCUUCUUACGGCUACCACUAGUAUUCAUAUCAAAUAUACAUGUAUAUAUACAUAUAUUACUGUUCUUUAAACAUUAUUAAGUAAGGUUUUCUAGCGAGAUAUGAAAAAUUGUUGAAAUAUACUUUAAAAACAGUUUUUUUCUGGUUAGAAGUGAAUUAUUUUAUACUUAACUAAUUCUUGUAGACUAAGUAUAUUAUCAAGAGCGACUAAGCCACAAAAUCCUGUGAACUCAUCCUGUCUCGUAAGGCUUGACUA